AUGAAGAUGCAUUUGGAAGAAGCAGAAGAGAAGAGAAGAAGAAGAAAAUCUGAUCUAGAAAAAUUUAAGGACAAAGCUAUCUUGGCGCCUACGAAUGAAAUGGUGGAUACGAUCAAUAAUUACGCCAUGUCUUUAAUGCCGCCCGAAGAAAAAGUAUACCUUAGUUCAGAUAACAUUUGCAAAGCGGAUGGAGAAGUGGAUGUCCAUGAUGAAAGAUUUUCUGUUGAAUAUCUCAACACAAUCAAGUGUCCAGGAUUGGCAAACCACGAAAUAAAAUGGAAGAAGGGAUGCAUCAUCACGCUUCUUAGAAAUAUCGAUCCGUCCAAUGAGUUGUGCAUUGGAACGAGGAUGAUAGUUACUAAAAUAGGAGAACGUGUGAUUGAAGCAAAAUCGAUUUCAGGAAAUAAUGUUGGUAAGAAAUUUCCAAUUGCUAGAAUGGUCAUGAGACAAUCUCUUUCAAAUGUACAACUUUACCUACCAAAAACUGUAUUUAGUCAUGGCCAGUUGUAUAUCGCAAUCUCACGAGUCACUAGCAAAAAAGGUCUUAAAGUUUUGAUAUGUGACGAGAAUGGUCAGACAAGCAACACAACAACUAACGUGGUAUAUAAUGAAAUUUUUGAUAGAUUGAAAGGCUAUGUGUGGAUCUACAAUUCAGGAUUUAGAAAUUUUCUCUUCAAGCCAAAGCUUAUGAAGGUUAUUGUAGAUUCAGGGUUUCAAGUGAGGAAUUGGAAAUGA